AUGAAACGAAAUUUGAUUGUGAGGAGUACACGUUCAUGUGGAGGUUUGAAGUCAUCAUCAGGUUCUUGUUUCUCCAAACUGGCUAUAAAACAGGCCAACUCUUUUCAUUCAACAAUUUCCUCCGAAACAAAAAGCACAUUUUCAAAUUUGAAUUAUCAAAAUAUGAUCGGAGCAAACUUCUUUUCAACAUGGCUCGGAGCAAGCCCUAUGAAUAGGAUGACAGCAACAUCUGAUAGUGGAACAGUAACUUCUACACCCUUUUUGGAGAGAAAACCCUUGGAGGAACAAUUUAUGAAAUUGUUUUAUUCCUCACAACCUCCAUCAGACAAGAAACAUUCCGGUAUUCUAUUGCUCGGACCUGUAGGAUGUGGUAAAACUAUUUUUAUGAGAAAGAUGGCUUCCAAAAUUCGAGAACAGGAUAAUUUAUUAAUUGGAAAUGAUGAUAACCACCGUGUGGUCAUUGAAUUUGGAAGUUGCAAGGAAUGGGUCAACAAUACUUUCGUUUCUGAUUCUAAUGCCCAAAAACCUGCUUGCGUACAUUUUGUGAGAGUACUGUUAGGUGAAAUAGAAUCAGAAUACGAAAGAUAUUUGAGAAAGUUUAGACUCAUGGAAAAAGUAGAGGCUGAGAAGGCAAAAGAACACCAAUUGUCACUAAAGGAACAGUCAGAAUCUUCAUCAUCCCAACCAAUGUCAUCCAGUAAUGAAGAGGAUGAUGACAACACACCUACAGAUAUUUCUGGACUUCGAGCAGCUGUUCAGGUACUUGAGGCUUGGAAAGAAUAUCUACAAGAGCUCUAUAACGUGAGAGACGAACUACCACAAAAAGAUUUUAUUGGCUCAUUAUCUAAGUUUACCAGCCUUCUUGCAGAAAAUACCUUCAUGAAAACUAUAAUUAUGUAUGAUGACUACGAAGCAAUUUUCCAGCAUCCAAAAACUAAUAAGGCCAUGUUUACCAUUUAUCCAUUUUUUGAAGCAGUGAAACCCACGGCUAUGUUCAAAAAUGUGGAUUUUGUCUACGCCGGAAAUGAAGAUACAAAUCUUUUUAAAUACACAGUUACCUACCGAGGACAGUCGGAAAAACACAAGCUAUUGAAGAUUGGAAGGCUAACGAAUGAAGAAGUUGAUAAAUUCUUGGAAAAAUACCAGAAAGUGAACGAAAGCCCACUAUUUGCUCGUUCUGACGAAAUUAAGAGAGUCACUGGCAAUUUCAUUGGCGAUAUUGUGAGAUUGUUGAACAAUUAUUCAUCAUUGGAAGACUACAUUCGAGAUAAGACAUUGGAAUAUGAAUCAAAGUUAGUGAAAUCAAUAUUUGAGGCUAGAUUACAGCAAGUUAGGCAGAGAUCACAAAUCGAAAGACAACAAAAUUUAUUGGAAAACAAGGAAUUUUCAGACAUUUCAAUUGAACACAAGCCAUUUACUAUUGGAGGUGUCACAUUUAACAGCCAGGAAGAGGUGACAAUGUGCUUAGAUAACGAUAGGUUAAUGCUCUACAAUAAUGCAUUUGAUUGGUAUUUGACCAGAAAUGACACUACUGAACGAUAUAGCUCGUCAUUCUUGGAAUCUGUACUUUUGGAUUCAGGAAUUUGGUACAGAGUUGCGUCAGAGUUAGGAACUCAAUACAAAUUCAGAAAUCCAAUGGCAGAGAACGUUUUCAAACAAAAUUUAGCUAAUCAUUUGUAUGCGACGAAAUUCAAUUUACAUUCCAAUCGAUCCGAUAGAAUAAUGACUCUGUGGUCUACAAAGGCAACUUUCCCUAAAAAGAGAAAUGCACUGCUCUAUGAAUUGUUAGCUCGACUCCUUGAAGACCAAUCUCAAAUUAUUGGAACUGUGCAAUAUACUGCUGGAAAAAAACUAGAAUUAUUGAAAGAAAAAAUUAAGGAGCAAGAAAACAAAAAACAUCGAUCAAAAAUUGAUGAAUUGUUAGAAAAACCACCCACCUUGGACAUGAAAGGUCUCUCUAUUUGCUUAAAUCAGCCCAGCCCUCUCUUAUUUAUUUUUGCCAGAGAAUUGUCAGAUAUGAAUAAGGGCAUGAAGAUUGCGCUCAAGGAUGAAAAUCCACCAUUUGAAGUGGAAAUUUUUGAGGCCUCCAAUGAUGCCUCUGUUGGAGAUAUGGUUAAAACUAUUUGCGAGCAAGAGGCGUCACUUUCCAAGUUAAACGUUGUGUUUCCAAAAUACAGCGUUUACAACGAUUUUGAUCUUGUGGUCUUCUCUACAAAUUCCCAAACUAACACGUUGAACGUUUUUACUUUCAGAAUAGUUGAAGGUAAUGGCUUUGGAAAGAAGCCAGUUGAAUUCCAUGAUGAAGAAAACAUUAAGAAGUACGCCUCUCUCAUUUCUUCGUUAAAGCCAAAAGGAGUACAAACUGUCAAUCACCAUUUUGCAUUGUUAGCACUCGAAAAGAGUCACAUGAAUGUGAAAAAUUACAACUUGUUCAUGCCAGAAGAUCUUGCUUCCCAUUUUUCUAAAGUUACCAUUUCAUACAUUGAGGAUUAUUUCACCGAAGAUGUUGAGAGAAUCUCUCAAUAUGCUUCUUAUCUUAAACAAUUAGAGGAAGAAUUAGAAAGAGAACAAAAUGAUGAGUUAAACUUCAGAGACCCUAAUACUGUGGAGGCAAUGAUGUCACAAAUGGGCCACAAAGACUUACCAUGGUACGAUAAGCUCGACAUGUAA